AUGUCUUUAAUAGAGUCUGACAACAAAGUGCUGAUCAACACUAGAGCUGGAGGCGUAUAUAUUCCACCUGCUAGAUUAAGGCAACUUCAACAAACUAUAACUGACAAAUCUAGCCAAGAGUACCAAAGAAUCACCUGGGAAGCUUUAAAAAAAAGUAUAAACGGUUUAAUCAACAAAGUUAGCGUUUCAAAUAUAAAGAGCAUCGUAGUUGAACUUUUUGGUGAAAAUCUAAUAAGAGGCAGAGGUCUUUUUGCAAGAUCUGUUAUGAAAGCACAGGCUGCAUCAUUACCUUUCACUCCUGUUUAUGCAGCUUUAAUUGCAAUAGUUAACACAAAAUUGCCUCAAGUUGGUGAAUUGGUGCUUAUUAGACUCGUUGCACAAUUCCGUAAAGCAUAUAAACGUGAUGACAAGAAUGCAUGUUUAGCAACAACAGCCUUCAUUGCUCAUCUUUGUAAUCAAUUAGUUGCUGAUGAGAUAGUUGCACUACAAAUACUAAUGUUAUUGCUUAAACAUCCUACAAGCGAUUCUGUUGAGGUAGCUGUAGGAUUUAUGCGGGAAGUUGGCGCCCAUUUAACAGAUAUUACUCCGAGAGCAACUAAUGAUGUUUUUGAUCGUUUCAGAACAAUAUUACAUGAGGCUAAUAUAGAAAAAAGAGUUCAAUAUAUGAUUGAAGUUUUAUUCCAGACUAGAAAAGAUAAGUUUAAAGAUAAUCCAUCGAUCAUUGCAGAAUUAGAUCUGGUUGAAUCAAAAGAUCAAAUUACCCACUAUAUCCAGUUAGAUGAUGAAUUAGAUGUACAAGAAACACUUGGUAUUUUUCAAUAUGAUAUUGACUAUCUUCAAAACGAACAAAAAUAUGAUCAGAUCAAAAAAGAAAUAUUGGGUGCAGUGGAGAAAAUGAAAAUUAUUGAUCAAACAAAUACAAAUAUCAUAAAUUUACGAAGGGCUAUUUACCUUACCUUAAAGUCAAGUCUUGAUUUUGAAGAAUCUUGCCACAAGAUUAUGAAAAUGAACAUUAAAGAGGGUCAAGAGAUGGAGUUAUGUUUGAUGAUAAUAGAAUGUUGUUCUCAAGAAAGAACUUACGAAAAAUUUUUUGGACUUAUUGGUGAAAGACUUUCCAAAAUCAAUGCAAUAUGGGCAAAAACUUUUGAAAAAUGUUUUGUUGAAUGCUAUGAAACAAUCCAUCGUUAUGAGUCAAAUCGACUACGUAACGUUUCAAUGUUUUUUGCACACAUUCUAUCAACUGAUGCAAUUUCCUGGGAAGUCUUCCGAGUAAUAAGACUCACUGAAGAAGACACUACAUCCAGUUCAAGGAUCUUCAUUAAAAUAUUAUUUGAAGAACUAUCCUCUACAUUGGGUAUGGUCAAUUUAAAAAAUCGUUUAAAAAGUGACCCUGUUAUAUUAUCAGAUUGGACUCAAGGACUAUUUCCUAAAGAUAGUCCAAAAAACACUCGAUUUGCAAUCAAUUAUUUUACGUCUAUUAAAUUAGGUGCAUUAACAGAUGAUCUUAGAGAACAUUUGGCAGUAAGUAUAUUAAAAAUAGAUUUGGUUGUUUAA